AUGGUUAAAAUGAUGUUGAAGAUUUUAAUUCAAGAAAAUGUGUGGCUCGAUAAAGCUAAAUAUGCUGAUGCAGAGCGCGUUUACUAUGAACAAUUAUCAAAGGUAAUUUAAUUCGUUUUUCAACAAUAUAAUUAAUAUCUAGGUACAUAACUAAUGAAUUAUUUACAAUAUAUUCUCGUAAUUAUUAAUUUUGUAAUAGUAUAAUGUAUUGAUAUUGUUAUUGACUUGGUAAUGUUCUAAGAUUCAAAUACAACUAUUAUUCACCAAUAAUAAUAUUAAGUGGAUCUCAGGUGGAAAUUUGAAAAUUUGAAUUAAGGGCAAUCUUUUUUAAAUUUUAUUUCAGAAAUUUGUUUGUUGUAUCUUAUUUUAAAAUUUCUAUUUGUCUUACCUAUAUAAAAUUGAUUUUAGUUACAUUUAAGUUUAUAUACAUCAGCAUUUUCAAAAGAAUGGCGAUUUUUUUGUAAAGUUUUUAGUUCUAUUGUUUAUAUGUUUGAUUAAAUUAUUAUUAGUUUUAAAAGCGAUUUUUACAAUAUUUGUAUUAUUGUUCAGAAUUUUAGCGAAUUUGUUGUUAGAUUGUUUUGAUAUUUCAUAUUUCAAUAGUUAAUAAUAUUAUUUGGUGAGUUGUGUAUUAUUUUUUCUUCAACACAUUUAUGAAUUUUUUCAAUAGUAUUUAAAUUGAAAUUAUUUCUAUGGGCUAUGUUAUAGAAAAUAUUGAGCGUGUGUUGAUAGUUAUAUUUAUUUAAUGGAAUAUGUUCAAGACUAUAGAAUAUUGAAUUAAAAAAUAUUUUUUUAGAAUAAGGGUGAUUAGAAUCAUUAGGUAUUAUAGAAUCAGUUUUUAUAGGUUUCCUGUAAAUACUAAAAUCAAAUGUAUUGUUUAUUAUGGAAACUGUAAGAUCUAAGAAACUUAAUUAAUUCUUCAUUUGUAUUUCGAGUGUAAAUUGAAUGGUUUUAUUAAUUUUGUUUUAAUAUUUUGUCAGGCUUAUUUUUGUAGUUUUUAUUGGUGCUGUUUAUUAGGUUAUAUCUUGUUUGAUUUUAAUUUUGAAAUUGUAUAUAAUUUAUAACAGAUUCACAUUGUAUUAAUUGCUUUUUAAUUGAUUAAAAGUUUAAUAUUUGAUAUGUAUUGAAUUUAUUACCUUUAUUUGAUAAAUUAUUUUCAGCUUUAUUGAAAAUUAUGGAAGUUAAAUUAGUAACUCGUGAUUGAAAAGAAUAGCUGGUUUUUAAGUUGUAAUUUUUGUGUAUUUUAUAUACACAAAUAAAAUAUUAAUUUUAUCAUUUACCCUACGUCAUUUCUCAUUUUUCUUAUGUAGUCAUUUUUGUUGGAUGUGAUUUUUAAAGUGUGAAAUAUUAUUAAUAAAUAAUAACCAAAUAAUUCUUAUUUCUUAACGUAUCUAUUUCUAAUAAUAACUAAUUUUAAAUAAUCUCAACUAUUAAAAUAAAUUGUUUCUUAAUUCUAUGUAAACAACCAAUUUGUAAAUUUUUUUUUAUGUAUUCCUUCAUUUAAUUUUUUAUGUUCAGUCGCGUUAUACAUUUUAACUGCGAUAUACCUGAUAAUGAAUUUUUAAUUCGAAACCAGUCACAUAAUAUACUUAAAAUAAAACUCCAGGCAACACAUUCAUUUAUUUAUAAAUUUUAUUUUUAUGUAUACAUUUUUUAUUUGUAUAUUUAUUUACAUGUAUUAACCAUUUUAAUAAUUUUGUUUUUAUUUUAUUAUUUUGUUAUAAUUUAUUUGUUUAGUCUAAUCUACAUGAAUCAUCACCUAUACAUUUUUCAAAAGAUAGUGAAAAUGCAGACACAUUGAAAAGUAAUUAAUUGAAAUUAUAAUUUCAUCACUUCUUAUAAGUACCUAUAAUAUUAUUAAAUUUAAUUAUUUAUUUUAGUUAUUUCUAAUUUAAUUAAUACAUUUCAUAAACUGGAAACCCGUGUUCAAAAAUUGGAAGUAUUGUUAGAAUGUAAGUAUUUAUUUAAUUAAAAUUAAAUAUUUUUUGUUUCCAGUUUUGAUGUUCUGCUGUAGGUAUUAUGAAUUAUGAUUUAUAGCUGAAUAUAUACAGGCUGUCCCACAAAGAUGUACCCCUUGAGUAUCUCUGGAAAUAAUAAAGAUAAUCAAAUUCUGUUUUUUUUUUUUUUUAUGUUAUUUACGGGGAAGAGGCCUACAAAUUUUUAUAUUUGAAUGCAUUUUUUAUUAUUAUUAAAUAAAUUUAAAAAUAACUUGCUUUUAUUAUUUUCUGAAAAUUGUAAGAUAUCCAUUCUGUAAAGAUUAUUUUUUUAAAAUUUUUAAUGUAUAACACAUUUAUAUCUGAUGAAUAGUUUCUAAGUAACAGCCAUUUUAAAUUCUACUAAUCCGUGUUAAAACUGAUGUAAUCUAGGGAUUAACCUAACUAUGUAACACGAUAACAUCGGUUUUCACACGGAUUAGUAGAAUUUAAAAUGGCUGUUACUUAGAAACUAUUCAUACUAUUGAUACAAUAAAAUUUUCAGAAAAACAAUCUUUAAAGUAUGGCUGUCUUAAAAUUUUCCAAAAAUAAUAAAAGAAAGUUAUUUUAAAAUUUUUUAAUAAAAAAAAACUAAUUCAUAUAUAAAUAUUUGCAGCCCUUUUCCCUGUGAGUAAAUAAAAAAAAAAAAAAAAAAACAGAAUUUGGUUAUUUUUAUUAUAUUUGGAGAUUUUCAUGGGGUAUUUCUUCGAGGGACAGCUUGUUCAUUCAUACCUAUAUAUUUUUUUUUAAAUAAAUAAAAUAUUCAUUAUUGUUUUAAUUAAAGAACAAUAAAUUCUAGUUAUGGGUAGUGUUGAUAUAACCAGUUGAAUUAAUAGUUCAGUUGUACAGUGAUAUAUAAAUAUACAGUACUAUCCAAAUUGUUAUCAUAGAGGUGUGUCACAUGUUGAUCUGACAAAUUCAAUAGAUAACUUGUUUUUUCAAUAUUUUAGAUUUUUUUCCUUGUAAUAAUUACUAAAUCAUUGUUAUGAUUGUUUUAUUUUAUAUUUUUUUAAAACUAUGAAUACAAAAUUUAACUUUUUCAAAAAUUGUUUUAUUCAUGAUUUCCAUUUUAUAAAUAUCUAUAUUUGAAACAAACUUUUUGUUACAAAUAUUUAUUAUGAUGAAUCUUUAAGUCUAAAAUUUUUUGUUAUAUAACAAAAUUAUAUUCAUGGAAAAAUUGGUAAAUCGUUUUUAAAAAUAUUUUUUACACCCGUUCUUAUACAAAUUAAAUAUUAUAUUUAUGAUACAUUUUAAUUUUAAUAGGAGUAUAGUAAAAUGGGAUUUUAACUUAGAAAAUAAUUUAAGGGAAAAGUUAAUUUGUCUUGUUUAACAGGAGGAAAUAAGAAAUAAUUAUUUCUUAAUUCAUGAUUUCUAUAAUUGUAUCUUUGUCAUCAUAACUAAUCUGUAAUUUGGUCCUUUCUAAUUAAACCUAGGUACAUUAGUAUAUUAUAAUCCUUAAACAAUGAUAUUUGAUUAAGAUAAUGUUGUAUAAGUAAUUCUAACAAACUAUUUCUAUGUGUCUAUUAAGACUAUAUUUUUUUGAUAAUUCAAAUUACACAUAUCAGUUGUUUAACCUUUUUUCAAAAAUUCACUUAUAUUAAUUUAUUUUUUUAUGUAUACAAUUAUUUUUAUUAGGUUAAUACAUUAUAAUAUUAUGCCAUUCUUUGAAUAUUUAAGAAUUUUAAAAUUAAUUUUUAAUUUAAAAUAAUAUAAUUUUAAACAAUUUUUCAGUAAAAAAUUUAACAGAAUCAAAAAUGUCAGAGUCUAAUUCCAGAAAUACAAUCAAAUGUAAAAACUGUAGAAUAUGUGACAAAAUUACAAUAAUUCAUGAACAUAAUGAUAUUAAUAAAUUACUCGCGAAAGUUCAACUGUGGGACACAGAAAUUCACAACAAAUAUAAAAAUAUUGACAAGUUUGAAUGUCUUAUUUGUUCUUUUAAAACAAAUGAUUUUAAUGAAUGGAAAUGUCAUAUUAUAUCAAUAUCUCAUUUGGCAGAAUAUCACAUGAUUCAAGAUACGUACUCUCAUGUCUGUGAUUAUAAAAAAUGUAAAGUAUUGUUGUUCGGAUCCGAAAAGUCUUUAUGUGAACAUAAAGCUAAUCAUUCAAAAAAGUUUUUAAACACUAGUUUAUCAAUUAUUAUGGCUAAGGUUAUGAACCGUUAUAUUUCAAAAAAAAAACCUAUGUACUAUUGUACUCAUUGUAGACGUUUUGAAGAAAAACCAAUUCACACAACAGCUGAAUUAUUAAAUAUUAAGAAAAAAAACAACACCAUUGAAUAUUAUUGCAAAUAUUGUAGAGUAACAUUUGUUUGUAGCCCUGAAAUAUUAGAUUAUCAUUCAUUAAGUGUAGAACAUAUGACAAUAAAAUGUCUUGAUCAGUUAUUCUCUGAAGCUAAGGUGAAUUCAAAAUAAUUAACUAUCUGUAAAAUCUCUUCCAACUAUAGAAAAUAAAGUAAAAGUUGUGGUAGAAUGUUUUCCCUUGUUUAUUGAUAAAAGAGAAAAAUUUUUCAAAUUGUAUAUUAGUUUGAUAGAGGAUAUGUAUUAUGUUCANAUAUUAUAGAGUAUGAGUUUGGAGGAACAGGACAAGAUACCUAAUGGUGACAUAAUAGGAGAGGUUGAAAACUUUAAGUACCUAGGAUCUUUUGUUCAAAAAAACAAUGAGAAUUUGAAGUAUAGGAUUAGGUGUGAUUAGAUAAAAUGAAGAGAUUUUUGUACAGUUUACCUUUUAUCCAUCAAUAUUAGCUUGCACUUGAGUAGAAAAAAUAGGACAAAAGCUAUGCAUUCGGUGUGAUGUACAUAAAAAAAAAUUUUAAUUUAAAUGAGAGUUUAAAAGUAAUUUUAAUUAUUAAAAUAAUUUACAGGAACUACCUGUAAAUAUUGUUGGCCAGGAAGAAUCAAACAAAAAUCUGCAAAAUAGUAAUGCUGUAUACAGUAAACAAAAGUACACAGAGUAUUUUAAUCAUAAAUUGAAGUUACUGAAAUUAUUAAAAAUAAAUAAAGAUCGUAUUCUUAGAACAACCUCGUACUAUUGUAAUAUAUGCGAUUUUAUUACUGAAGAAAAAUAUACUUGGGACUUUCAUAAUGAAACAGUACAUGCAGAUAAUAUAAAUAUUUCUAUGGUUUUCUGUACUACAUGUUCUAUGUUUAUUUCGUUCAACAAUUUUGAAGAACACAAUAAUACAAUAGAACACAGUAAUCUCUUAAAAUUUUUACAGUCAUUCAACAGUUUAAGAAAAAAACCAAUUUUGCCUUUGAACAAUACCAAUAGUCAAAAUGAACAGAAAAAAAGAAAUAAAACUACAAAUGUAUUUAUUUAAUUAAUUGAAGUUAGUGUCAUGAUUUUGCUCACCUAAGUAUAUUUUUCUAAUAUUUCAGGUUUUAAUUAACAAUAGUGGUAUUUUCACAUCACCACCUAAUAAUUCACUUACUACAAUUUCAACUAUGUUGUCAGGUGAACCAAAUGUAGAUUUAAAAAUAGGAGAAUUGAAUACAAUGAUACAUGGCGAAACAUCAAAUUGUUGUGCCAAGUUAAAUGAUUCGGUAAUGUACAAUACAUAAGUUUUGAAUACAUUUAUACAGUUAUAUUAAAAUAAUAUAUAUAAUGUGCAUUAAUCAAUUAUAUUUAGGUACAAGUGUAUUCAUUUUAAAUGAGUAUUAACUACGAUAGAGUAGUUUCUAUUUGCAAUUUUUUUUUUUAAGUUUCUGAUGUUUCUAAAAUGUAAUAUAAUUAAUUUUUCUAGUUUUUCUUAAACCCAAAUGAACCUACAGCAGAAGAAAGUGAUAGAAAAUCUAUUUUCGUAUCAAGUCUAUGUCAGAAAAAUGUAGCAGACCUUAAGAGAGUGGAGGUACUUAAUGAAGACAAAAUGUAUGGGGAAUAUGUAACACAAAGACUUAAAUAUAUAGAAAAUCCGACAGUUAAACAACAUAUUAAAUUAGAGAUAGAUAACAUUUUUUUUUCUAGUAUGAAAAAUGAUUUAUUGAAAAGUUCUAAUUGCUAA